AUUUUAGGGUAACACGCGGAAGAGUUUCAGUCAGUUUGCUGUGUUCCCAUGGGAACCGAUCUCUCUUCACAGCUAUGCGCUGAGGUUUGAGCACAGAAUAUGGAAUUUGUGUCUCCUUGCCAAAUUAUUGCGACGUGAGCUUCGUGAUUCACGUGAUUCAAUCAUGUCAUCAUCCAAGAGAGAAGCUCAUGCAAAGGGCUUUUCAAAAUCUGCCAUCAACCAACGCAAAAGUCGAAACAGAGUCGACUCCUUAUCAGAUUAUAGUUUUGACUUUGUAGCCCCUCGCACUCAAUCUCAUGAAUAUCUUACCAGUUUAUCCUUACCACCAUUUAGGCAAGAAUUGUUACCCUUUUACACCAACAGUACCAGGACCCUGUCUCCACCCCAGAAUGAUCUGUCUGUUGUUAAACUGCCUCAAUUAGUAUCAAAAGUGGGCAUUGAACUGGCGCUUAGAGAGUCACCAUGGAAUGAUGGACCCCGUUUUGUGGCAUCAGCUAUUAGUGCUGAUAUACCCAUCAAAAUACUUAAGUCUUCAGGUGUAACAUUCACUGUAGAGCAUGAGAAGCCUGCAGUGCCAGAUGAAAAGACUACAACCAGGAAAAAAUGCAAUCUCAAACACAAACCGUUCACUGGAACUGAGUUGUUUGAUAUACUAACAAAGAAAAAACAUCUGGGGGUACAUGAGUUUUUCUACCUGAAGGCUACUGAAGGUGGUCCUUACAGACCAUAUGACUUGCACGUGAUCCCUCACAAUGCAUUGGGCACAGAUUACUACACCUUCUCUCCCACAACUGUAGUACAUGUGCAAGAUGGCUGCAGCGUUGAGUUGUGGACCCUGGCUGGUUGGUAUCGGGAAUCUCUGUUGUGGGGAGCUGUGAAAGGCAUCCCAUUUUUCAGAGAUUAUUUACUGCGGAAGACUUUCAAAAGGUGGCAAAGGAAUGUGCAUAUAGCUACUGUCAAACACAGAACUGACUCCCUUCCUUCUCAACUGCUGAUGGCCGUACCCCAGUUCAGAGACGCCUUACUACAUCUUUCCAGGUCAAUUGAGGAGAUAAAGCAGGUCAGUUGGCUGCCACAGGAUGAUUGCAGGACUUACACUCUCAUUGAUUUCCAAACUGCACUGCUGGAAAGAAAGCAGGCAGCUCAAGAUUCUUUGAAUAGUUUCUUGCAUUGCCAUGCCGAAAUACUGAAUUUGGCGAAAAUGAAAAGUUACAAAGUACACCAAGAACUCCAAAUGGAAGUGGAGCACUCAAAGCUUUACCAGAGCGGUCAAUCUCUAAACCUUCAGCUUUCCAACCUCAGAAACCUGCAGAAAGAGCUCAGCCGAGCAGAGCAAGCCCUUCAGCAAUUGGGAAACCUAUCUGCUCUAGCUGACUGCAUGAUCGUUCAAAACCUUAUCACCAUAUUAAGAGAGGAGGUCAGAAGCUUUCAAAACAAUGUUAUUAAGAGAGAAAAGGAACAACAGGGUGCUCUCUUCCAGGCAGAUAUUGUAUUCGGAGCAGAUGGUCAGCUUACUGUUUUUCCUCCGUUACACUUGUUCCAGGAGGUUUUGAUGGGAGCAUUGCUAUCACUUCCUGAAACUGUCCUGCAGGUGUUUGACUCCUAUAGUUUGUCAUGUGACUCUAAAGUCAGACUACGCAGUGGUUCCGUGCUCAUCAGUGAUGCUGAAGACUUCACUGCAGGUACCAGCAGAGCAUGUACCAGCAGGAAUACUGGCACUGCAGACAAAGGUUGUGAAGUAGAAGGUGCUGGCAGUGUUUUCUCCCAGAAGGAGGGUAAAAUGUCACACCAAACCAUUGUGCCAGCCAAAAUGAAGUCCCUCAGAGUUCUGGCACAAAGAGUGCGAGGCCAUUAUCAACCUCUACCCCGGAGACAGCUAGAAUGGCACUUGAAAACCCAUGCUGAAACACAAGAGAUCCAGAAUGAACAGACCAACAUUACACAGGGAGCCAUUACAGAGGUGUACCACCUGUGUGAGGGCCAUUCUUGGUUGACAGAUGUACAUUUGUUCACCAACCAGUGGGGUUCAGCCUGUCUGGAGGCCUUGCGAGGAUGUUCCUCAGUGAAAUAUGAGGAGCUCAUUGAGAAUCUUCAUUUUUGGAUGGAUAAAGUUCACAGCAUGUCUCCAUUCUUUACUACAUCAAAUAAGUUGUUCACUGUUAAGAUUGCCAACAUCAAGGAGGACAUUGGUACCCUGUUGGGCACCAUUGAUGAGGAUGUGCAAAAGCUACUGUGUGAAGACUUUCAGUCUCGCUCUGAGAACUUGGCUUCUGAGCUGAGAAGAGUUGUGGAAAUCAUGAAGUUCAAGACGAAUACCUUUGAGAGUUUCACAGUUUUUUCAAACAUGGUAAAACACAGUGCAAAAAUGUCAGAUGAUUUCAAGCAGAGGCUGGAAGACCUUCACUCUCUACAAGAGACUGUGCAAAGGAACUAUACACACAUGACUCCAGAUGGGAUUUUCUUAAUGAAGCAGAUUACUGACUUGUGGGAUCAGUUUGGUCUGCUUCUGAAACCAGCUGCAGACAUUGUUUCUCAGGAGCUUCCUUGUAUGGUUAAUACAUUGGACAGCAAUUUUUCAUCAUUAGUGAACAAAUUAGAAAACCUGUUUCGGAGAGCCUCAUCUGAACCCUAUCUUGACCCCGACCAAAAUGCCAAGGAAAUGCUUAUCCAGCUCAAUGCCUUGUGCAGCCAAUUCCAUGUGAUUGCUGAACAGCUGAAUAAUCUGAGCAGAGCCAGUGAAAGCCUUAGAGGACACCUGCUUGAUCUUACUUUUGUGACUGAAGCCCAGCAGAAAAUUGAAGCAAGAAAAGCACUCUGGGAGCUGAUGAGUGUUUCCUCCACACAAAUCCAGGAGUGGAAGCGUCUAAAGCUCAGCAAGUUUGUGGUAGCUAAAGCUCAAGACAAGAUUAAUGAAUGGCUACAACAUGCAGACAUAUUAGCAAGAGAUAUUUCCUCCCAUGAUGCUGUGCUACAGAAAACCCUACAGAUCUUGCAGGGAUUUAACCAGCUGAUUCCUAUAUUGAGUAAACUAAGAAGUCCCACACUGAGUAACAAGCACUGGAAAAGCAUCUCAAGGGGGCAAAAAAGUAUAAUUGUUUCUUUAGAAAUCGGUCUUCUGUAUGAUCCAGAAGGGAAAUUUACACUGGCAGAACUCAUGUCCAAAGAGCUACUGCAAAAGCAAAACAGAAUCAACAAGAUCUGUUUGGAAGCCAAAGCUGAUGCAGAUAUGGACCAUAUAUUUCAAACACUUAAAAAGAAUUGGGAAGGAGCAGUAUUCCAUCAUUCCAGGUUCGUUGUUUCUGUGCAGCAACAGCUGGAAGAUGCAAAAGAAAAAGUACUUCCUAUUCAUCUGCAUCACCUCUCAGAGCAUCAAAGCAUCACGUUAGAGAUGGUGGACUUCACUAUUGUUGGUUUAGAGACUCUUUUGGGUCAGACUAAGGAAAGCAUUCUGAGCCUUUCUGACAUACUGCGAUCUCUACAUAUUGCUGACUUUAAGCAAGAGGUUGAAUGCUGGCUGCAGCUUUUACAGAGGCUGGAGAAAUUGUUGGAUCUUUUUGAGAGAUAUCAGAACAAAUGGACCUUUUUAAGCAAAACGAUUAAUGAAACAUCUGCAAGAAAAGAACAAAAUGAGCUGAUCGAUUUGCAAGAGAUUUUUCACCCAUUGGAUAAGAUGUUUCGGGAAAUCAUCAGGAUCACCGUUAAUGACCCUCAUGUGUUAAGCUUUGUUCAUCUGAAGUUGACGACAGAGGCCAGUCAAGGUCUUCAAGAGCAAAGUCUAUAUACUGUCUUAAUGAAUGGGCUCAGAGCAUUGGAGGAGAUUUCCAGUCAGUUCUUUUUUGUCUUAGAAUCAGCACGAAGCCAGUUCCCCAGACUUUACUUUCUAAGUGAUGAAGAGGUGAUGAAACUUCUCUCCUUGCCGCUCCCAACACCUUCUUCUCUUUUACCACUGGUACAGAAAUGCUUCAAGGGAGUUAGGUGGCUUGAUGUUCAUUGUGAAAGCGAUGCACACCAUGAACAUGACUUGACAGAUCUAAGUUCUCAGAUGAUGUGUGUGUGUGGAAUAUAUGGAGACUUUGGGGAACAGGUUCCCUUUCUCUGUCCUCUUGAGCCAAACCUUAACCCUGUGGCUUGGCUUUGUCUCUUUGAGGAGAAGUUACAUGCAACAAUGAAGGAGACAAUUCUGAAAUGUAUAGAUGUCCAGCAGUGUUCAGUGCUAGAAGAACAUGAAGACUCCACAGCCUUGAUUGAGAAUAAUAAGAGGAACAGUUCAGAAGUAGUUCAUGAAUCUUAUUCACUCUUGCAACUGAUAUCUCUGUACCCCCUGCAAUGCCUUUUGGUGGCGGAAGAGGUUUUGUGGUGUACUGUGGUCCAGAAAUCAUUCCAAAGUCCAACUGCUGCCAUGUCGGCAGCAAUCAAGUCCCGAAAUACAGCAAAACUGCACUAUUUGUGUCAACAAUUAAAAGUUCACCUUGCAAAUUCAAAUGUAGAAUCUUUAGCAUCCCAGCAUGUCAUAAAAGCGUUGCGUGCUUUUGUCAUGCUCACCAUGAAGCAUUCCCUGCAAACUGAUGGGCUUGUUAAAGUAAAAGCAGACUUGGAUUCUUCUUUUGAAUGGCACAAGCUUAUGAAAUAUUACCUUAGCCCAAGUGCUUAUGUAUCUCAAUGUGAGGAAGGUUCGGCCUGUAUAAACCACUCAGUGUAUGUUGACAUUUUGUGCACACAAUUUCCAUAUGGCUAUGAAUACAUAGGACCUGAGAACUGGAUGAUGGUAACAACACCUUCAACUGAAAAAGCUUAUAUGGGCAUAAUCCUUGCUCUGUCAAGCUAUAAGUGUGCUUUCAUCAGUGGACCCCACAUGUCAGGCAAGAAACACAUUUCAGUGCAGUUAGGAUAUGCAUUGGGACGGCAAGUGGUCAGCAUGAAGUGCUACCCAACUAUGGAUUCCUCAAUUGUUUCCCAAAUGCUUCUAGGUGCGCUUCAAACAGGAGCUUGGCUUGUGCUCGAUUCUGUUGAUUCAAUGGAACAAGGGACAUUGUCUGAGUUGGGACAACAUUUGGCAGAUAUAAAUCAACAUUUAUCUGAAGUUCAAAAACUCACACAACAGGAAAGACAUGUGCCACAAUGUGAUAUUUUAUCAAAUCUGGCAUCCUCAUCAUUGCAUAGCAAUUCAAUGAAUGAGGCUGAAUGUCACAUUGCUGGGAAAAACAUUUUGGCCAAGCUGAGUUAUGGAUGCAUCACAAUUGCAUCAAAUGGGAGCUCAACUGAGAUACCAGAAAACCUAAGAGUUGCAAUCAGGCCUGUCUCAUUGAUAGAGCCACAUUACAAAAUGAUUGCAGAAGUGAUUUUGAUUUCUUUAGGAUUCUCAAAAGCAGAUAACGUAAGCCGCCGUCUAGUCUCUCUCUUUAGUCUAGCUAAGGAUUCACAAUGCCUUCCCGACUUUCUGAGUGGUCAUCAGACCUCUUGGCUUGUCCUUCUCAAAAAUGUGCUUGCUGCAUCUGGAACACAUCUGGAUCUUGAUUGUCAAUUAAGAGAAACUUGUAAGAACACCAUCUGCAGACAAAUCAGCAACGGUUCUGUUGAUACAACACUAGAUCCACUUGCAACAAUGCCAGAGAAGGUCAAAGACAAUUAUUCAUUAAACUUUAAGUCCAUGUCUAAUGCAAUUAUAAAUAAGGAGUUAGAGGAACAUGCAUUAAUCAAAGGAAUUCUUUCAGUCAUGCAAUAUACUGUCUCUGAUCCAAAGAGAGCGUUACAGUUCAAUACAAUAUUCGAGGAAAUAUUUCCAAAAGCAAAGUGCUUUACAGGUCUACAACAGAUGAGAACAGAUGAGAAAGAGCAAAACAUUCUUGGAAAUGCAGUGAAAGAUGAGUUCCAACAAAGAGGAUUUCAUGCAGAUGCACAAAUGCUUCACAAUGUUUUGAUCCUGUAUCAAGCUCUGAAGCUCUCCAAUGUUGUACUGCUUGUUGGACCAGCAGGUAGUGGUAAAACAACUUUGUAUCAAGUUCUUGCAAAUGCACUUCAAAAACUUUCAAGGGCUGUGGAGGUUGAAUCUCAUGAUCCUGAAGAUUUCACGGACAUCAAACAUCGUUCCUCUAUGCCAUGUUGGACAUCUGUUAGCACAGAAAUCUUAUUCCCACACACCUUGUCCCACAAUGAGUUUUUCGGCGGUUUCUGUGAGGAAAACAACACCUGGUUUGAUGGAGCUUUCUGUAAAGCAUUAAGACACUUAGAACAGCCAUUGGUCAUUCCUCCCUUCAAAAGCAAAAAGAAGAACGUCCAAAAUCAAAGCAUGAAAUGGAUUGUGCUGGAUGGUGAACCACUGGGCAAGCUUGCUUGGUUAGACUCUUUGAGUACUCUUUGUAAUCUUGACAAUCCCUAUCUUCGACUUUCAUCAGGAGAGAAAAUUGAACCAUCAAGAGGAAGGGUGAAAAUACUUUCUGAGAUCACUGACAUUGGUGAUUCAAAUCCAUCUGUAUUGACACAGUGCAAUCUAGUAUAUGUUUCUGGAGAGAAUCUGUGGAAGGCGGUGUGGGAGAGUGAGAUGGAUGUGCUCUCUAUCAAACAUAAUGUGGACCAGAUAACCCUGAAUAUGUGGAGACACCUGGCUAAAAACCUUUUCACAGACACUGUCAUGUUUCUCAAAAACAAGAGACAUUCUUCAGUAAUGGCCAGUGUUGAAAAUGAAGAAAAUCCGUCAUCUUGGAUUGCAGAUGGUUUGCAGGAAGUAAUGUCAUUUUUUAGAAUUCUUAAUGCCCUUUUGGACCAUUUUGGAAAGGGAGGAGGCUUAAGUUGUCCUUCAAGGGAAACUGAAACAACAGAUAAUGCAGUACUCAAACCACACCAUUCUGAUGCCAUGACUUCUAUUCAAUGGGGUUUGCCCGCAAGAAACCUUUUUUGUGUGGCUUACAUUUGGGGAUUUGGAGGGCAUUUACACCCUAGACACUGGUCGCAGUUUGAUCUUUUUGCACGAGAUGUCCUACACAGGAGCGACUGCAAAGUUGAGACUCCACCUGAUGGCACAGUAUUUGAUCAUUUCUUUGAAUUCAAUGAAGAAAUGGGUGACACAACCAAUUUUAUUAACUACACCAAGCAAAAGAGUCCACUGCUGUUCCGAACUGUAUCUCAGUAUGAAAAACAUGCUUAUCUUCUGGACAUGCUGUUGGAUGCUCAUCAACCAGCACUUCUUGUGGGAGAAUCUGGCUCUGGCAAAACACUGCUAUGCAAGUCUUUAAUAUCACAGGCAAGAUCACAUGUGCAUUUACCAGCUGGUCCAGGUCUUCGGUCUUUUGACUUUCACAAGGCAUUCGAGAAAGUGAGAUACCGUGAGACUCAACUGAGCAACAUGGGUUUCUUAAAGCGGCCAAACUUUCUUCUGUUCAUCGAUGACCUUCAUGAAGCAGAAUUUGAUGCAUGUGCAAAAACAUCAAUGACCCUCGAGAUGUUGCGUCAGAGUAUUUCAAGGGGUGAAUUGUUGAUUACCGAUGGCACCUACUUUAAGUUCUUCCAAUCAAAAGCCAUUGAUUAUCUAGGCACUUGCAGUGCUCCUCAUGUAGGGAACAACAUUCACAUUUCCCCACGACUCCUUCGACUGUUCACCAUCUUGGCUCUCCCAAGCAUGACUUUGGAAGUCUUGUUUUCUAUGCAUUCCUCGAAAUUGCAAUCAUGGCUGAAAGCAACACAACCCAUGCAAAGUAUUGCAGACCUGGCAAAUAGCAUCAUUACGUCAACUCUUGACGUGUACCUUGCUGUGCGUGAACAUUUUGCUACUCCUGCGCACUGUCUAAGCACUAUGUAUUCUUUGCAUGAUAUUUCUAAAGUAUUUCAAGGGAUGUACCUCUGGAGGCCAAGGCUUGAUGCCCAAAAGCAUCUUCAGAGUAGUCAGGGUGUUAAAAUAUUCUCUUCAACUGAGAAAACUAUAUUUCUUCCAGCUGUUUUUGGUCCUGUAACGCAUGAACUCAAUAUUACUCGCCUGUGGAUGCAUGAAUGUUUACGUACCUUCGGGGAUCGCCUAGCUUCAAGUGAGGCAUGCCAAGAACUUAUUUCAGUUAUAGCCAAGGUUUCUGAGAAGAAUUAUGGAACUAGGAUGUGUCUUGUAUAUCAAACAUCCCUGGUAGAUAUUUCCAACCCUGUGGAUCGAUCAUCUGCUAUAAGCACAUGUAAUCUAAACAAACAAGUGCUUUCAACCACUAUCCAGCUACGAGAGAAUGAUGUCCCCUUGCUUGGAAUGGAAGAAGUCCACUCAAAACAGACAGAGCAGGUUUUAGAGAGGAGCUCUAGCUUAUGUAGCUUAGAAGAAGAUGAGGAUGCAUUGUUACAUAGAGAGAACAAAUUAAAGGAAAAUGAAAGUGUUAAAAGUGAACCAGCAACAUUAGAAGGUAAAUCUGAAUCUCCACCUAAAUCCUUUGCUUUGUUCACUCAACAUGUCCCUCCAACAACUUAUGAAAAGAUCUCCCCAAAAAUGAUCCAUCAGUUUCUGCAAGAACUUGCUUUAUCCAUCCAGAAUGUUGUCUUCUCUCCAGAAUUUUGUGAACCACUAAACAACAUACUUUAUGAUUUUAAACGCAACUCUGUGUAUCAAGAAAGAGACCCUGAAGUAUUGCUAGAUCAGCUGAUUUGUGCUCUCAAAAGCAGAGAAGACAAGUCUGCUAACGGUAUUCCCAGAUGGGCUGUGAAUCAUCAGAAUGUAUAUCAGCUUGUACAUAUCCUCCGAGCUUUUCUCAUUCCUGGUGGACACGGAGCUCUGCUAGGAGCAACCAGAAAAACAGGCAGGAAGUCCAUGGUACGCCUAGCAGCCACUCUGUUGGGAUACCGACUAAUCGAGCUUCAUCCUGGAAAUGAGGCCAAGUUGAAGGAAAUAUUGAAAGACAUUGGGAGUCGAAUCGGGGUGGGUGGUAGACAUUUGGCUGUAUUGGUUCAUGAGGAUACCAGCCAGGCUGUUAAGGAUGAACUGCUGUUAAUGAUGGCGAAUGGAACUGUCCCUGGACUUUACUCCGAUCAGGACCUAAAGAAAUUGAUUCUGAAGAUGAAAAUGCAGAUGAAGAAAACACACUGCCAGUUGACGGAUGAUCAGCUGGUUGAAAUGUAUUUCAAAACCAUCCAGAGCAAUAUGCAUGUGUUCCAGCUUUAUCCUCUCCUUCUGGACGACAAAGCAAAACAACCUGAAAAUCUUUCAGUUAUGGAAAGGCAUAUCACUAAGGCUUUGAGUCUUUGUUGUUGUGUAGAUGUGUACCAACCUUGGACAUCAAAGGCUUUAGCUGAAAGUGCCUUGUAUCAUUUAAAGGACAGUAAUCAAGCUGAGACAAACAGUACAGUUGCCAAGGAUAACUUAGUGGCUAGUAUUUCUCAGGCGAUGGCAGAAAUACAUCUGUCAGCUACAAAAUAUGCUGUCACACAACUUAAUUUUCAACCGUUUAGUCCCCGGUCCUUUAAGGAGCUGAUGGUUCAGUUUGACUCUCUCCAACGGCACCUUUCUGAGCAAAACAGUAUUCUGGAUAACCGGUUGGCAAAGGUUUUAGCAAGUGUUAAGGGCAUGACCGACACAACAAUAAGGCACUCUGAGGAAGUUCUGAGUUUAAGAGCCAGAUGUGAAGAAAAACAGAAGUGUCUGAAGCAGCUUCAAGUCUCUUUGGACACGUCCCACAAAAUCUGGGAUCAAACCCGUCUGCAAAAUUUACUUGAAGAGAAGCGCCUUUCCGAGCUGGAGAAUCGGUCACAUCAAGUUCAACAGCAAGUUCAAGAUACUUUUAAACAGGUGAGCCCUCUGUUCCAGGCAGCAGUGGAGGCACUGCAGGCCUUGAGCCAGUCUGACUUGGACGAGGUACGUCAUUACAGGAUACCCCCUGAUGGAGUUGUCGCGGUCAUAGAUGUCAUAUGCAUGUUACUCAACCAUCCAUGUGGCUGGGAAAAUAGCAAACAGCUUUUAAUGCAGCCUAAUUUCUUGGAGAAACUGGAAUUUUUUGACUGCUCCACAUUAAGUGAUGAGAUGAUUAAAACAUUGGGGCAAAUCGUGCAGGCACCAAGCUUUCAACCGAGCUUUGUGCGAGAUGUAAGUCGGGCUUGUGAGUCCUUAUGUCGCUGGCUGGGAGCUAUAUACCAGUAUGCUUGUGUACAGCAACGCAUGGCCCCAAUGAAGGCUCAAAAGUGUCAUUUAGAUGAACUCAUGACUGAAACUCGAGCAAGAUUGAGCGUUGCCAGGAUGCAAGAAGUGUCAGCAGGUGAAAAUCUACAAGAAUUGGAGAAACAGCAAGAGGUUAACAGACAAGACAUGGAGUUGCUGAAGCUUCAGCUUAGUACAGCAGAAGAAGAUGAGAGGAAGUCAUCUGCUGCUCUAAGGCCGGUGGAGCGUUACAUUGAAGAUUGGUAUUUAGCAGAAAAGGAAGCAAAAUUGUACCGUUACAACACUCCAGGUGAUGCCCUGAUUUUGGCAGCUACUAUAACAUACUUGGGUCCAUUUAGGCCUGAUGUUCGACAGGAACUGUUGCAGAAGUGGCACAAACUUUGUCUCACUGGUGUCACAGACGUGAACCCAGAGGGCUCAAAUACACUUUUACACUCCGACUCUAUGCCCAUUCCUGUGAGUAAGACAUUUCAAAUGGCCUUGAAUCGGGUGCUUGGGUUAGAUCUGUGCCUCAUUCGUGGAGAUUGUUCGGAUUUUGUCCGGAGUGUCGUACUGUGGGGACACAGAGCUGAUUGGGUUCAGCGCUGGCCUUUAUUGGCCGAUGUGCAUCAACAUGAGGAACUCAACUCUCAGACAUUGUUCCCUGCAGGAGGUAGUGAAAAAAGCCAUGAGGAUAAAUUUGGAAUUAUAGUUUCUGCUGAUGAUCCAGAGUUACUUGAUAAACUUAAUCACGGAGCAGACGAAGGUUUGAGUGUAUUGGUGACACAUAUUGAGCGAGCAGCGGCAAACAUAAAAAUUCUUCAGCCGUUUCUUCAAACACCAGCUUCUGUUUUUUCCGGUCAGAGCCACUCAGUCAAAGCCGUUCAUCCUGACUUUCGUCUCUUUAUGAGCACUUGCCUGCCAGUUCCAGCUGUAAUAAAUGAAAUUCACCCUUCAUUCCUAGAUGAGGUGCAAAUAAUCAGUCUUUCUUUGAGCACAACUGAAGUUCAAGACCUUAUUCUGGCAGAACUGAUGAAGUCAGAGUGGUGUAAACAGUGGACCCUGCACUGCCAACUGCAAACCGAAAAACAGACCCUUCAAGACGAGCUUUCUCAGAACAAGGUUUCCUUGAUGGAGUAUGUCAUGCAUUCCUCCACACCACUGCUCCAAGAUCCUGAAUUCCUCCCCCUGGUAUACACAUGUCAGAGUGUCUCUCAUGAACUCGAAAUAAAAAUCAAAGAGCUCUCCCAAGAGAUAGAUCGACACAAAUCCCUUAUGGCAGAAUUUUAUCGAGUAGCUAAGCUCGCCACAGACCUUUACAACGCUCUGCAGGAUGUGGCCCAACUUUCAACCAGUUAUCUUUUCACCCUACGCCACUUCUUCCAAACUUUGCGUUCAGCUUUAUCAAAGAGGAGCUCAGACGUGAGCGUUCAUGAACGGAUGGAGGGAACAGUCAUUGUUCAGAUUACCAACAGGAUUGUGUCUCAUUUUUUUUCUCAGUAUAAACCCUGCUUGUUUCAGAGUCAUGCAGCAUUACUCCGAUUAUUGGUAUCCGUUGCGCUUAUCGUGCACAAUGAGGGCUGCUCCGAGAUUGAGCGAGUUGCUUUUCUCCGAGAAUUAAACCACUGGAAAUCUUCUGAAUGCAUUUUAUCGCUAUCCACACAGUCUGUCCCCGAGCUGCCGAGUUGGAUCCCAGCACAAGCCAAGGCUGAUAUUUAUCUUUUAGAGACGAUUGCACCCUUCAGGGGUCUUGUAUCAUCCCUAAGCAGUUCAUCCAAGCUCUGGCAGGAGUAUUUCCGCUUUCCUUCCUCCACUGUGAUUGGACCUGUCCCUUGUCCAUCUCACUCACAUUUGUCCACCAUGCAGCGUGCCAUUCUCUGGAAGACGCUGUGUCCUCAUUGGCUAGCAGCUGUGGGAGAAGAUCUUACAGCCUGUGCACAAGGUUAUUUGUUGAAUCCACUUGUUGCUGAAGGCCCGCCAAUGGGCUCUCCAGAAGAGCUGUCCCAGCUUCUGUCCAAAAAUAUAGGGCAACCUGUGGUUGUACAAUUGCCCAACAAAAGCCAAGACGCAUAUAUGAGCAUCCACCCUAUCCACUUGAUUCAACAGGCUGCUCAGUAUCAAGCAGACAAAAAAGGGGUAAAGGUGACUGUCAUUUCUUUUGGCGCUGGUUGCCAUCGAAAUGCUGUCCUCUCAGCGUUGGACAGCGCUGUCCAAAAUGGACACUGGCUUGUCCUGAACAACUGUCAUCUACUUGACUGUUGGGAUGUCAGAGUUGUUGAUAAGUUAACACAAUUAGUCUCCUGCGAAGGACAUAUGAGAGAUCUGGAGUUAGAUGGGCCUUUAUUAAAAAGUGAAGGAACACUUGUGCAUCCUCAUUUCAGACUGUGGCUCAUAACCAAAGGUGACAAGCCUCAGUCAGUCCCAGCUGCUGUCAGGAUCUGUGCCUUGCACUGGGUGUGCGAUUCCUCCUGGGGCCUGAAGGAUGAAUUGUGGUCCUCAGUGAAACAGACGCUGUUUGCAUUAAACUCUUUCUCAUCUCCUGCACAUACUGAAACCACGGCGAGAUCUCAUCUGCAAUGUGCUGUCCUGCACUCUGUCCUGCUGCAGAGACAAGCAUUCAAACACCUGGGCCAAGGGCAACAUUACCUCUGGACUCAUGAAGAUCUGCUUGCUCUGAUUGAUGCACAUGACCGUAUAACCAAACACUGUAGUGACCCAUCUGGAGCAUUAGAGUACAUAGCAGGUCAUCUAGUGUAUGGCGGCCACGUAUCAGACCAUGCUGAUCUAGCCGCUGUGCAGUCCGUUGUUGCUGUAUGUCUCAGACAGCCAUCUGCGUCAUGGGGACGUGGCCCCCACAAUCUUUCAGAUGUCUUUAACUUUAGAGGAAGUUUUGAUGCUGAAUCCCUAUUGAAAGGCUUGAGUCAUCGUAUUAAAUGCAUCAAAGACAGCACCGACCCAAUAAUCCUAGGCUUUAGUCCAGGUAUGGCAGGUGAACUGAUAAAACUAAGAAGUCAAACCCUCAACAUUCAACUGAAUCAAUCACAAAGCAUCUAUGGAGAUAUCAGAGGAGACAUCAGUCUUAAAAUGCAACCACAAGAACUUACCGAAUACAAGCAGGGUUUGGAAAGGUUACGAACAUUGCAAGACAAGUUGAAAAAGAGGAAAACGUACACUGGAUUGGAAAUUGGAUCUUCAUAUCUUAGUCCUCUGUAUCAUUUCCUUCUGGCAGAAUUGGAGCGUCUGGACAAACUGGUGUCGCUCAUACUUUUGGAUAAUUUUCGGCUUGCUAAAUAUAACAUAAAAAACUCAACUCCUGCAUAUCUGACAUCAGCAGCUCUCUCCCGUCUAGAGACUCAAGCAGACCUGCUGGGGUUAUACCUGUGGGAGGAGUCAAGCAGCAUUUUGCCUCAUGCUUAUCAACUGGCAGCCUUUCUUAAUCCUCAAGGCUUUCUGGUAGCCCUCAUCAGAGAUGUAGCCCACACCCUAAAGAAAGAUAUCAGCGUUUUCUCUUUGCAUUUCAAGGUGCUUAAAGAUACAGCAUCACCAUCCCCUCCAUCCCAAAAUGGUGCAUGUCUGUUCGGACUGGAACUGCAGGGGGCGCUGUGGGAACCAGGGACUGGAUGUCUUAAAGAAGCGCUCUCACCCAAACCUUCCUAUUUCCCACCGCUCUGGGUUAGUGUUCGAGAAAAGAAGGAUGACUUUUCCCAAGACAACUCCUCCCUGCCUUUCUAUUAUUGUCCCCUGUUUGUAGACAAACAAACUGCUGAUGGGGAUCAGUGUCUUUCUGCUGACAACAUUGUUGCUUAUGUUCCACUUGCGACAAGGUUGGAUCCUGUGCUCUGCGCUAUGAGACGGGUUAGGUUAACUAGUACUCUCUUACAACUAUCCGUGUGAAGAAUAGGUUAUAUAAAUGAACGAACAACAAUAUAUACUGCAUAUAGGAAAAUCAAUAAAUUUUAUAAGCUCA